AUGCAAUACGUAUUGAUCUCUAAUCGCCCGCCUCAUCGGUCUCUGGGCGGCGAUCUCGAUAUCCUUUCUGCAUCUCAGUACCCUCAUGCUUUAACACAACCAUAUGAGGAGAUGGAGCAGAGCCCUCGCAAGAGAAAAGCGACCUUGUCGAGUCACCGCGAUGGUAGUCUCUCGCUUGCUAAGACCAGGAGUGAAAGUACGCCAUCUUCAGCAAAUGAAGCCGAGCAAGCCCAACCACAGAAGAAAACGAAGUCCACCAAACGGCCAUCCAAUGAAGAUGAACAGACCGAGACCAGGAAACAAAGGGGCAGGCCCCGUCUAAACACUCAAGACGAGACCGCCGCCGACCGCCGGCGAACACAAAUUCGGUUGGCACAGCGGGCAUACCGGCAUCACAAGGAAACCACUAUUUCCACCUUGAAAGCCAAGAUCACCGAUCUCCAAAGCACCAUCGAACAAAUGAAUAAAACCUUCCUGACCCUGCACGACAACAUGGUCGAUGCCGGCAUCCUGACGUCCCACUACUCGUUGGGCCGUCAGCUCCAAGCGGCAACCGAAGAGUUCAUGCAAGUAGCGAAGAUGGCGUUGCCAGAAUCCGACGAGGAGAACAUCGCCAAGAUCACCAGGGGUGAACCCAAGCGGUCCUCUCCCGCUUCCGUGAAUCAUGAAAGUAACAGACGUGGCAGCGCUAAUGGUUGA